CGGACGGACGGACGGGCGGGCGGCUGAGGAGUAGCAGCAAUAGCCGCCGCCGCCGCCGCAGCAGCAGCAGCAUGGCGCGGGAGAGCAGCUCCCCGUGGGCUAUGGGGCUGCUGAAAACUUUCGAAGAGAACGAAUUCAGUAGCUGGGAGAAGAUCGGUUCGGGGGGUUUCGGGCAGGUGUACAAAGUGCGACAUAUCCACUGGAAGACCUGGCUCGCCAUCAAGUGUUCACCCAGCCUUCAUGUGGAUGAGAAGGAGCGCAUGGAGUUAUUGGAAGAAGCCAGGAAGAUGGAAAUGGCAAAGUUUCGCUACAUCCUUCCUGUUUAUGGCAUCUGUAAAGAACCGGUUGGCUUGGUCAUGGAAUACAUGGAAACGGGGUCUCUGGAAAAGCUCUUGGCCUCUGAGCCUCUGCCCUGGGAAUUGCGCUUCCGCAUCAUCCACGAGACAGCUGUGGGGAUGAACUUCCUGCACUGCAUGUCCCCUCCGCUGCUCCACCUGGACCUCAAGCCUGCAAACAUCCUACUGGAUGCCCACUACCAUGUCAAGAUAUCUGACUUUGGACUCGCAAAGUGCAAUGGCCUGUCCCAUUCCCACGAUAUCAGCAUGGACGGCUUGUGUGGUACAAUUGCCUACCUUCCUCCAGAGCGCAUCAAAGAGAAAAACAGGUGUUUUGACACCAAACACGAUGUGUACAGCUUUUCCAUUGUGGUUUGGGGAGUUCUUACGCAGAAGAAGCCUUUUGCAGAGGAAAACAACAUUUUACAUAUUAUGGUAAAAGUAGUUAAAGGCCACCGCCCAGAGCUACCUGCUGUUUCCAAAUCCAGACCUCAUUCAUGUAAUAACUUGAUCAAACUGAUGCAAAAAUGUUGGCAAGAUGAUCCUGGUGAGCGGCCAACAUUUCAAGAAAUCACUUCAGAAACAGAGGCCCUUUGUGAAAAACCAGAAGAUGAAACAAGAGAGAUGGUAACUCAGGACCUGGACACCAAGAAUUCCCCAGAGCAGCAGCAUGAGGGGAUGUCUGCGUUAUCCCAGCUGAAACAGGAGCCUGCUCUACCAUCAGUUAAGGAUUACAGCCUCUCAGAGUUGUUGUCCCAGCUGGAUUCAGGGAUUUCACAGACUAUGGAAGGCCCUGAGGACCUCAGCCGCAGCUCUUCUGAGUCCAAACUUGCCUCCAGUGACAAGCGGCUUUCAGGAGUUUCAUCUGUAGAUUCAGCUUUCUCAUCCAGAGGCUCCCUUUCCCUUUCCUUUGAAAGGGAGAGUUCAGAUAUUGGUACCACAGACAUACAGAAGAGGAAGCUAACAGAGGCCAUUUUAUCUGGGGAUACCAGCAAGCUGAUGAAGAUCCUCCAGCCUCAAGACGUUGAUAUUGUUUUAGAUGGGAACUCCAGUCUUUUGCACUUAGCCGUUGAAGCUGGUCAAGAAGAAUGCGUCAAAUGGCUCCUCUUGUAUAACGCCAACCCAAACCUGACCAACAAGAAAGGAUCCACCCCUCUUCACAUAGCCAUUGAGAAGAAAGUGAAAAGCAUCGUGGAGCUGAUUAUGGCCAGGAAAAUCAAUGUGAAUGCCAAAGACGAGGAUCAGUGGACCGCUCUCCACUUUGCGGCCCAAAAUGGGGAUGAUUUCAGCACUAAAAUGCUGCUGGAUAAGAACGCGUCCUUGAACGAGGUGGAUUUUGAAGGCAGGGCCCCCAUCCACAUAGCCUGUCAGUACGGCCAGGAGAACAUCGUGCGGAUCCUGCUGCGGAGAGGCGUCGACGUGAACGUCAGAGGGAAGGACGACUGGGUGCCGCUGCACUACGCUGCCUGGCAGGGCCACCUCCCCAUCGUGAAGCUGCUGGCCAAGCAACGGGGCGCCGACGUCAACGUGCAGACGGUGGAUGGCAGGACCUCGCUGCACCUGGCCGCUCAGCGGGGGCACUACCGCGUCGCUCGCCUCCUCAUCGACCUCGAGUCGGAUGUGGACAGGCGCAACGCGCUCUGGCAGACGGCUCUCCACGUGGCCGCCGAGACGGGCCACACCAGCACCUCCCGGCUGCUCCUCAAGCACGGCGCGGACAUCGAGGCGGCGACGGCGGAGGGCUACACCGCCCUGCACCUGGCAUCUCGUGGCGGCCACUUGGCCACAGCCAAGCUGCUGGUGGAUGAGAGGGCCAGCGUUCUGGCCAGGGGCCCUCUGAACAGGACAGCGUUGCACCUUGCUGCGGAGAACGGGCACGCUGAAGUAGCGGAAGAACUGGUCAGUGCGGAGAAUGUCAACGUUUCUGACAGCGAAGGGUUGACGGCUCUUCACCUGGCUGUGCGAGGGGGACACGCAAAAACGGUUGAGGUUCUUCUGAAGCAUGGGGCGUGCGCUGACGUGCAGAGACCUCCACAUCAGACUCUGCUACGGCUCGCCCAGCAGAGCAGCGGUAGCUCUGUUACCAUGUUGUUAAGCGAGACUUAAGCCAAAGGUACAAACCUCGCUACCUUUCGCCUUGGUGCGAAGAAGGCUGCUGGAGCUUGACUCACGAGGGCCUUCUCUAGCGGUGCGGUGACCCGCUCCUCAGCUGUGUCAGCUGAGGGACUGAGGUGCAACCAGCAGAAGCUACUUGUGUUUGAGCGUGUGAGUGAGAGCACACACGGACUGAGGCCAGGCAUGUGGCUGAGGGCUGGAGUCUGCCCUGCCGUGGUCUCUAACAGCCACUCAGUGUGUGCCUGCCCUGUCUGUACACUGACAUUCCCCUCACAAGGAUGUUGUGAGAGAAGGAUGCCACUUGUGGCUUUCCCCCCUGCUUUUUUUUUUUUUUUAAUGUGCCAAACUAAUUUAAGAACUAAUGUUCUGCAUUUUUAUUUUCCUCAAGAAAAGACAAAACAAAAAAGGAAAAAAAAGGUGGCAUAGAUUCCAGUGUUUAUUGCAGUGAUCUACAUUUCGGGAAAGUCUCCAGCGUAAAAGAAAAGCAACACAAACCUGCUUGAAAUUAAUGCAAGAGAUGAGGAAAGGGCUAUUUAAUAUGUAGUUAAUCACGUUUCAGUGUCAGAAGAUAAUCUGUUUAAUGGAGACAGCCAUUUCCGAUUCCCAUGUACUCAAAACUGAUGAGGUGGGCUUAUUUAACAAGGCAGAAUCCUAAAACUACAUAAGCAGAAGCACUGGUAUCUUCAUAUACAGCACCACCUUGUACGUACGCUGAGAUCAGUAAGCUGAACUUAGGUGCUUAGUGGUUUGUCUUAAAUGAUAAAAGUCAAAAGCCUAAAAUUCAUGUGGGACAGUGACUGGGCGGCAUGUUCUAACACCGUUCCACCAGUUUGCAAAGCAAUGCUUGGAGGGGCUGAUGACUUAGGCUAAUAUACUGUGUAUAUAGCAUUUCUACCUGUUGUAUGCUUUUUUUUUUUCUACUGAAGAAAAUAGAUUGCUUAGAGUGGGUAUGUUUUAAUACACCUUUUAAUUUCACUCUGUUUUCAAAGUUCAACUGU